UUGAACUUGAUUGUUGCGAAUAAUUCACUAAAUGUCACAUUUUUGGUCUCUUUCAGGAAGCAGCCCUUUGGACAGCCCACGUAAUUUCUCUCCAAACACUGCGGCCCACUUCUCUUUUGUGCCAGCUCGCAGCCAUGGACACAGGCCUGACAGGACGGAUGGUCGUCGCUGGUCUCUUGCCUCUCUGCCCUCCUCUGGCUAUGGAACCAACACCCCGAGCUCAACAGUCUCGUCAUCAUGUUCAUCUCAGGAGAAGCUGCACCAGUUGCCCUUCCAGCCCACUGCAGAUGAGCUGCAUUUCCUCACCAAACACUUCAGCUCGGAGAAUAUCACGGACGAGGAUGGGAGAAGAUCUCCAGCCAUGCGGCCGCGCUCCCGCAGUCUCAGCCCUGGACGCUCACCCAUUUCAUUUGACCAUGAGAUCGUCAUGAUGAACCAUGUCUACAAGGAGCGUUUCCCUAAGGCUACUGCUCAGAUGGAGGAAAGGCUGGCUGAUUUCAUAUCCUCCUCAGCUCCUGACAAAGUCAUGCCUUUAGCUGACGGGGUCCUGAGCUUCAUCCACCACCAGGUCAUAGAAUUGGCUCGGGACUGCCUGGACAAAUCCCGUGAGGGUCUCAUCACCUCACGCUACUUCUAUGAACUACAGGAGAACCUGGAGAAGCUACACCAAGAUGCUCAUGAGCGUUCAGAAAGUGGGGAGGUGACAUUUGUCACCCAGCUGGUUAAAAAGCUGAUGAUAAUCAUCGCCCGACCCGCCCGUCUGCUGGAGUGUUUGGAGUUUGAUCCAGAAGAGUUCUACCACCUGUUAGAGGCUGCUGAAGGUCAUGCUAAAGAAGGUCAGGGCAUCAAGUCUGACAUCCCUCGAUACAUCAUCAGCCAGCUGGGCCUCACCAGGGACCCCCUUGAGGAAAUGGCCCAGCUGAGCAGCUAUGACAGUGGUAACCCUGAAACGCCAGAGACAGAGACAGAUUCCACAGACAGUCGAGGAGCCACCGUACAACCACUCCAGCCUCAGCCUCAACCCAAAACUAAAACUCCACGUGAGGAAGACUUCGAGACCAUUAAACUCAUCAGUAAUGGAGCCUAUGGGGCUGUGUUUCUGGUGAGGCAUAAGGAGACCCGUCAGCGAUUUGCCAUGAAGAAGAUCAACAAGCAGAACCUGAUCCUGCGAAACCAGAUCCAGCAGGCCUUUGUGGAAAGAGACAUCCUGACAUUUGCAGAGAACCCUUUUGUUGUCAGCAUGUUCUGCUCUUUUGAGACAAGGAGACAUCUUUGCAUGGUUAUGGAGUAUGUGGAGGGUGGGGACUGUGCCACUUUGCUGAAGCACAUUGGGGCUCUGCCUGUGGACAUGGCACGCAUGUACUUUGCUGAGACUGUUCUAGCACUGGAAUACCUUCAUAAUUACGGCAUCGUGCACAGAGACCUGAAACCUGACAAUCUCCUGAUUACUUCAAUGGGACACAUCAAACUGACAGAUUUCGGCCUGUCCAAGAUUGGUUUAAUGAGCUUAACAACCAAUCUAUAUGAGGGCCACAUUGAAAAAGACACCCGAGAAUUUCUGGACAAACAGGUGUGCGGUACUCCUGAAUACAUAGCGCCUGAGGUCAUUCUGAGGCAGGGCUAUGGAAAGCCAGUGGACUGGUGGGCCAUGGGAGUCAUCUUGUAUGAGUUUCUCGUGGGAUGUGCUCCCUUUUUUGGGGAUACACCUGAGGAACUGUUUGGACAAGUCAUCAGUGAUGAGAUAAUCUGGCCAGAAGGUGAUGAAGCUUUGCCUCCAGAUGCUCAAGAUCUCAUCUCCAAACUACUGCGGCAAAACCCUCUGGAGCGUCUGGGAACAGGGAGUGCGUUUGAGGUGAAACAGCACCGUUUCUUUACUGAUCUGGACUGGAACAGUCUCCUGAGGCAGAAGGCAGAGUUCAUUCCUCAGCUGGAGUCAGAGGAUGACACUAGCUACUUUGACACACGCUCAGAUCGGUAUCAUCACGUGGACUCGGAGGAAGAGGACUACACAAAUGAUGAUGACCAUCUGGAGAUCCGUCAGUUUUCCUCCUGUUCACCACGAUUCAGCAAGGUAUAUAGUAGUAUGGAGCGUCUUUCCUUGCAUGAGGAGAAGCGCACCCCUCCUCCCACUAAGCGCAGUCUUAGUGAAGAGGGAGGAGAGCGUAUCGAUAGUCUCAGUGGCCUAAAGUCUCGAGACCGGAGCUGGCUGGUGGGCUCACCUGAGAUCCUAAGGAAGCGACUCUCUGUUUCCGAGUCAUCUCACACCGAGAGCGACUCCAGCCCGCCUCUGACCGUACGUCGGCGCUGCUGCUCGGCCAUCAUCGAAAUGCCGCGAUUCGCCAUUUCCAGUGAAGAGGAUGGUGGUGUGGGGGGCAGGAAGACCACUGUGAGGGGCCCUCGUGGGGAAGAUCUGCCUCAGGCCAUACCAGAGCUCCCUGUGGAGAGAGAGCUCAGGCUGGAUGAAUCGCCAACCACACCAGGCUCCACUUCCAGCCAGAUCAGCCAAUCCGCAGUCACACCUGGUAGUUCUGGUGACGUGUUGGAUCGAGCUUCUCGCUACAAUGCUGAAGGAUCUGAAAACUCUACUCCUAAAGCCAUCAGUGAUUUGGCAGCUCGUAGAGCUCGCCACAGACUGCUGUCAGGAGAUACAGAGAAACACACAUCACGCCCACUUAACAAAGUUAUCAAGUCAGCUUCAGCGACUACCCUCUCACUUAUGAUCCCUGCUGAUCACCACGGUGCCUCUCCUCUGGCCAGUCCCAUGUCCCCUCACUCUCUCUCGUCUAACCCCUCAUCACGUGACUCCUCACCCAGCCGAGACCUGUCCCCAGCUGUCUCCUGUAUCAAACCCGCCAUAGUCAUCCACCGAGCCGGCAAGAAAUACGGUUUCACCCUGCGUGCCAUCAGGGUUUACAUGGGAGACACAGACAUUUAUACUGUGCACCACAUGGUUUGGCACGUAGAGGAUGGGGGACCUGCUCAUGAGGCUGGACUGAGAGAGGGAGAUCUCAUCACACAUGUUAAUGGAGAGACUGUCCAUGGACUUGUGCAUACAGAAGUUGUAGAGCUCAUUCUCAAGUGUGGCAGUAAGGUGUCCAUUUCUGCUACGCCCUUUGAGAAUACAUCUAUUAAAGUUGGCCCUGCACGCAAAACCAGCCACAAGUCCAAAAUGGCCCGGCGCAACAAAAGAACCAAAACCAGAGAAGGACAAGACAGUAAGAAGAGAAACUCCCUGUUUCGUAAGAUCACCAAGCAGGCGACCCUUCUCCACACCAGUCGUAGCCUGUCCUCUCUGAACCGCUCAGUCUCAUCAGGUGAAAGUGUCCCAGGGUCUCCCACGCACAUGUCCCCUCGUUCACCCACACAGGGCUGUCGUUCCACACCCGACUCUGCCCACUCAGUUGGUGCGAACUCAUCCCAAAGUAGCUCACCUAGCUCCAGUGUGCCAAACUCUCCUGCCAGUUCUGGUCAGAUCAGACCCAGCUCCUUGCAUGGUCUGGCUCCUAAACUACAGCGCCAGUACCGCUCCCCCCGCCGGAAGUCAGCAGGCAAUAUCCCAUUAUCCCCUCUGGCUCGUACACCAUCACCCACCCCUCAGAGCACCUCCCCACAGCGUUCUCCUUCACCCCUGCCAAGCCACUCACUCAUCACUUCUUCAAUAGGCCAGUCUUUCCCUGUCAAACUCCACUCUUCACCUCCAUUAGUAAGACAGAUAUCCCGCCCAAAGAGUGCAGACCCUCCUCGCUCUCCUCUGCUCAAACGUGUCCAAUCAGCUGAGAAGCUUGCAGCCUCUCUUUCUUCUUCAUCCUCCUCUCCUUCUCCAUCCUCUGCUGCUGAUAAAAAGCUGCCAGUUGGUGCCAGCCGCAAACACAGUCUUGAUACCUCACAUUCAGAUUUUAAAAAAGAGAUGCUGCAGCGAGACCCCAGUCUACAGAGCCUGCAGGAGUCAGCCAGUGAGACUCUAAUGGGAGGAAGAGUGUCUCCUGCAGAAAAGGGCAGCCUGCAGAAAAGUUCAGUUCGUAAACUGGGCAGGCAAGAAGGUCCUGAGUCUGGAACUGGAACUCUGGGACUUGUUCCUGGGAAGAGUAAACUGAAAGACAAGCUGUCUGCCAUACGCCAGGAUCGCGCUGAGCGUCGCGAGUCUCUUCAAAAGCAGGAUGCCAUCCACGAGGUGGACUCCUCAGAGGAUGAGACAGAUGAAGGGUCGGAAGAUAGCCAAGAUGGACGUAGGACAAGCUAUGUUCCUCCAGGCCAUGUCUUGAGGCCUACUACUGUAAUGGCCUUUCCCCAUACCAUCAGGAUGGGACCAGCAGCUCCACCAACACUGGGACUGUUGCCCUCAACGGUUGCAGCCCCAGGCUUACCUCAGCCCAGCAGAGGACUGCAGAUACAAAGCCAAAGUACCACUCAAUCUCAGACACAAACUUCAGCCUCACUGUCAAUGCAAGGUACCGCCAAGCCCCCAGAACCGAAUCCUACAACCUCUAUUGUGGCCCAAGGCUCCAGUUCAACACUAGCUGAAGAGUCAAAAGCACAGGACUCUCAAUUCAGUGUAAGGCCUUCUCCACCUCAACCCAGCCCUCUAUCCAGCACCUUUUCCACCCAUGGUAGCGCCUUUACCUCUGUCAGCAAAGACCCAUUUGUCAAACCCACAACACCUCCACUGGAUUCCCAGAGGACCCCCAGAACUUCUGAGCCCAGGUCCAAAACCAGUGGUAAAAUGGAUCCUAGCACUGCUUCUGGAGUGACCAUGGAUAUCCCUGUUGCUAUCACACCAACUGGAGGCAUCACCAAGGAGAUGAAGGAGGCUGACAAUCGCAGACAGGCUGCAGCUGCAGCUGCUGCAGCCUCUCCAUCCACUCCCUCUGAGAGUGGAAUGGACAAAGUCGUGUCUCAACUGGCCACUGUGGCUAAGAGUGUGCUUGGCCCUGUCAAACUCAACAUCCCAGGUACUAAAGAGGCCUCGGAGCGGACAAAGGACCAGCGUCCCCAGACAGAUCCCACCCACCCAAAGAUAAAAGAAUGUCGUCUGGAGCGUCCUGAUUCUCCUGACCGCUUGAGCCCAUCUGCUGCUUCUGGCUCCCAGUCUCCACUGUUGACUGAAUCUCCCUCUAAACAAACAUCAUCCAAAUCUGAGCCAGCCUCAACUUCUCAGCGAUCUUUAGAGGUCCCAGGGACUUCCAAAAGGCCAACUCCUCCAAACUCCCAAGCUGGGGAAGAACAUCAGGAUAGACCAGGGACUCCGAGAAGUGGCACCGCACCAAGGCCUAGGUCUGAAGCACAAUCUCAGGCCCAAGCAAAGCCUAGUUCCACUACUUCACGAGACAAAUCCAACAAGACAACGUAGCAGCCUUGCAGAAAGACACAUUUUCUCCAGCUUUAAUUUAACUUGCUGAUGACAGAUAAAUACACAUUGUAACACAAAGCAGUUGUCCUGUUUAAUGUCAAUAUCCCUGUGAAACGACUGUGGAAAGAUAAGACAGAGAAAGAGAUGGAGGGGUUUACAGAUGAUCCCAACAGCUUAAUUUCAGAAUGUUUUAUUCUCUGCCAUUUACUAAAUAAUUGAGGCUUCAUAAUUGUUAGUUUUUCUUGUUCCUUCUUUUUUAGUAUUUUUCUCAGCAGCUAGAAAACCUGGAAAAUUGCUUGGGUCUGGGCCCUGAGAGACAGAAACCGUGUCCACUUACAGUAUAUUACCUCUUCAUAUUAUCUUUAUAUUACUUUAAGAAUCUUCUCUUGUAGUAGGUAUAGUUGUGCCUUAAAGCAACUCCUCAGCAUUUCACUUGUAUUUCUUUCUGCCUGUUCAUCUUUGGAGGAAGACAUAUUGCAGCAAUAAGAGUAGCGUAUCCCGAGCAAUUUUCACAAACACACAAAGUUGAUUUCAUCACACCUGUAGUAUAUAAAGAAAAACCAAACUGCGUUUUCUAUCUUUCUCACUUGCACUUGUGUCAGCUUUCAAUUGUGUCGGACAGCAGUGAGAUGUAUGUCUAUGAAAAUUCAACCUGAGAUUUUCCCUUCGGCACAGCCAUCACUAAUGUUGUAUAUGGUAACUGAAAUUUUGAUGUAUAAUGGGGGAGAAUGAUGGCCAUUAAUUGCAUGAAUUACCUCUUUACAUGUUACUCAAUGUUUCUAAUAAGAAAUAAACAUGUUUUUAGAAAUUAUUUGGAAUUCCUCUGUAUAAUAAAUCAUGUGAUCUUUGGCCAUCAUUCAGAUCCCAGUAAAGUUAUGUCAAGCUACAUUUUAGCUAAAGACAUGUCAAGACUUGUAACUUGCACAUCAUUAUGUCUAGAUUUUGUUUGGUUUUGCCUUUGUUCAGAAUUUCAAGCGGACCAUUUUAUUUCUUGUUCUUCAGCUUGCCUGUUUUCGCUCAUUUUAAUAUCUGGACCAAUUAGCUGUUGUCUCUGUAUAUUUGUUUGCUUUUUUGUUUUCUUAUUUCAGCAGACGCUGUGUGUGUGUGUGUGUGUGUGUGUGUGUGUGUGUGUGUGUGCGUGCGCGCCUGUGCACAGAAGCAUGUUUGAGUAUUUGUUUCUGUGGGUUCUUAUAUAAUGCAUAUUUUAAAAAGUCUGUUAUUUGUUAGUUUUAUGCCCUAAACAAUGGGAGUGUGUUUUUGACUGGUGUCCUAUCUUUGCCAUAUCAGCUCUGUCUGAUUCAGCCCUUUGUCAUAUACCAGGCAAAGAUGUAUUUGCACAAACCCUUUUUUAUUUUGUGUGUCAAUAAUAUGAAAACCAAUAAAUACAGUAUCCAGUUAGAUCCCAGUUGGGGUCUUGAGGGGUUUGACCAGAACUUUGAUGUUUUAACCACAUUUUACAUUUAUAAUCAAAACCAGUUGUCUGUAUUAUGUUUCCACUCAGUUUACCACUCCAUUUUUUUUCUCAGUGUUCAACACUUGCCCCUAGUAUAAAAGGUCUAGUUGCUAAGAGCAAGUCAAUCCUUAAAGUAAAGGCACUUUCCAACACACUCCUGCCCUCUUUUUGACCUUGCCCACAUAGAAAAUUGUGAAAAAGUGUUUUUACUUGGUCUUUAUAACUGAUUGUGAUUUAGUCACAUGAUGAUGGUAUGUACAGUUACACUAUAACCUUAUUCAUGUUUUGUCCAUAUAAAAUGUGAAUGGAUGUCUUGCACACUUAUGCUUCUUUAAGGAAUGGAGCUGUUGAUCGCAUUGCAGCCUGAAGCUUAAUUCCUGACUAACCUAAUUAAUCUGGGCACCAUGAUCGGUGAAAAAUGCACUUGUGGUGAGAAUGGCAUUUGGAUGAAGUUGGAAAUGCAUCUGUGGGCAGUCAGGUUUAUUAGAGUGUUUGACCUGUUGGGUCUAGAGAACAUUGAUCGAUCCUACACGCUAGUGGUCAAGGCGUAAAUACAUGGUUAAGAACAACGCUUAACCAUUAUGUCCACAAGUGAUGACCUACAACUGAAUCCCACUCCAAAGUUAUCAUUCUCAAACUUGAAUCUCCAUUUAAACUAAAUUGGGAGGGCUUAUAGAAACUGCCCUUAAAUGUUUACAUGUGUUUUGAGAGAUCAUUUGUAAACAGCACACUAGUGCAUUAUGUCUAAAUAAUGUGUCAUAAGUGUAGUGCGAGUGCUCAGGCACAUUUUGUAACUUAGAUGAUGGCAGGCAACUAGUGAUUUCCUUUCUGUCUGCAUUGCAUUUGAGAUUUUACAGGGUGUAAAGACUUUAAGAAACUGUUGCAUUCACUCGAUAAGCCUAGUAUUUAGUUUUUCACUAAUUUUUUUACACAUAAUCUCUGAAGACCUGCUUCACAUUCUACCCGUUGUGCUCUUAACAAAAAAGGAAAACAGUGUGUAAAUGUUAAAUUCAUCUCCGCUCCCUUUUCGUGAGCUGCCUUGGGCUGUAAAAGUGAACGCUAACUGCCUUCUCAUGUACGUGAUGGGGAUGAUGAUGAUGGUUGGGCUAUUUGUUGAGGUGAAGUCUGGUGUCAGAAAGCCUGCGGUGGUCAUCCAUCAAUGUCCCGCAGCCACAUGCCACCAUGCACGCACUAGUGAAGUGUAAUCUCACACACCGUCUAGAGCAAAUUUUGCCGCCACCUCUCACCUGUGGUAUAGCUUGGCUCUUUAUGAUCGAAAAAAACAAAACUUUGGAGCACACAUACAUGUACUACUUACAUCUGCCUACCAUAAACACGCAUAUAGACUCUAUGUCCAACCACUGCCCUCUCCUAAUGUCUGUGUGUGUUUGUGUUCGACCCAAAUGGCAGCACAGAUGAGAUGGUUUACUUUUAUGUAAAUAUUUUUAGUUCUGGUGUUCUGAGUGUCUUUAAUAUGAAAAGAAUUGAAGUUAUUUGGUGUGCAAUGGCCACUGCCUUAGACAUGACACAUAGAUGGAAUGGGACAAUGACUAGAUAUUGUGUGUAUUUUAAGACCUGGCACUCGGUAUGGGAGUCAAUGGUGAUACAGUGGUGUUAUGGAUUUAGGGCACUGUCCAUGUGUCAGUCAUGCUUUGUCCAAGACUAAAGGAGACAAUGUGGUUGUACAGACACAAGUGAAAAGAAAUGGGCAAAGAAAAAAAAUCUUCUAGAGUUAAACCAGUGCAAUAUCUUACAAUUUUCUAUUGUGGUAAGACGCAUGUUUGUUGUUAAUCCUACCUUAUGAAUAAUAAUAAAAAAAUUUUAAGUAA